AUGAGUAGCAGCCCUGAUCGUAACGAGCAUCAGCAACAACAGCCACCAUCGAAGCGCAUCAAGGUCGGUGAUACUCGCAAUGUCGAUGUUCAUAUGGUGCCCCAAGCUCCCAAGGUGCCAAAGACCAUGGCCGAGAAGGAAAAGACUCGUCGCUUGAUCGUCGUCUUGGAGCAGGCUACCUUGGAGACCCUCAAGAUUGGCAAGAAACAAGAAGGAAACUACCAACUACUCAAUGUCGAUGACCACCAACAUAUCCUUAAAAAGAAUGGACGAGAAGCAUAUGAGGCUCGACCCGAUAUCCUGCAUCAGUGCCUUUUGACCCUGCUGGAUAGUCCUAUCAACAAGGCUGGUCUCUUGCAAGUCUUUAUUCACACCAACAAGAACGUAUUGAUUGAAGUCAACCCACAUAUCAGAAUUCCUAGAACAUUCAAGCGUUUUGCUGGUUUAAUGGUACAAUUACUUCACAAGUUGAGUAUUCGUGCUGUCAAUGGCAACGAAAAGCUGUUGCGUGUGAUUGAAAACCCUGUCGAAAAGUAUCUUCCCAUGAACAGCCAUAAGAUUGCACUCUCAUGGGAUGCUCCCACAGUUCGCUUGUCCGAAUACCUCCCAACCAUCCCCAGUGACAAGUCCAUUGUGGUUGCUGUUGGUGCAAUGGCUCAUGGCACGGAUGAUUUCGCAGACUCGUAUGUGGAUGAUAAGAUUAGUGUUUCUGAAUAUUCACUAUCAGCAUCGGUCGCAUGUGGCAAAAUUGCAGGCAGUGUCGAGGAACUUUGGGGCAUUUUGUAA